AUGGUGGCAUUAUUCGCGGAAGAGACUGUGAUUCUGGUAGUGAAGACACAGAGGGGCAACGCGCGUCUCGAGGGCUUUGAGCCCAACUACUCGAAGGGUGGAUACGGAACUGACAUCCAGGCUACCGCGCAUGCGCCGCUUUUCCUUAAAGCCAGCGAGCUUGUUCGCCACUGUGACCGUAUAGGUUUCCGUACCGACCGCUGCGGUGCGGAGGAACCUCGUGAGGAGGAAGACAGCGAAACACGUAGCAGCUACGCAAGGGACCCUGGGUGUAGAUCCUCGGAAGCAAUUUCUGGGCGGCAGCGCAGCGUCAGCACACCCCUGGGUUCGUCAAGUAUCGAUUCAAGGGGUCCAAGCGAAGCUCUGUACGGGGCAAAUUUAAGAAUUCUUUGCUUGAACGCGUAUCUUGUGCCACCAUCGAUAUCGUGGAACCCUUAUCUUUGGGCGCCCUUCUGGUCGUGCAAACGGCCGUACCAGCGGGCUGAGGAGAUCGGACGCCUCUCCACGCAGUAUGAUGUGACCUGCCUACAGGAGGUAUGGGGGGCAAACGUGGCAGCAAUGAAUGCAUACGUUCUACCCACCCACAGUAUUCUUCCGGAGACCCAGUCGGGAAGCAGGUUUUCCUGCGUAGGGGAACUGAUUGAUCCAGUUCGAUUUUUUUUCAACAAAACGGGAGGCCUUUGGUUUUCGUGGCGUCGCAGCAAGUGCGCGUUGAUCAGUAUGGCCAGGCACUACUUCCCUUCCGGAAGCCAGGUCCCUUUUUCAAACCAGAACGUGACGGCGAUCGAGCUCGAUGUUAGCCCGGUGUUCCCGAACCAUCGGCUUGUAGUGCUCAAUACUCACUUUUCAGUCCUUGGGCUGGAGCCGCGACGCCAAAACCUGGAUGCACUCAAAACGUUUAUCAAGGAACUUGCUUGGAAGGCGUAUCUUUUGUACCUGGGAAGGCAGCUUGAUGCGGGAAUUGACACAGCGAACAGUUUAGCAGGUCCGAAAGUUCCUCCUUCUUUUUUGAAGGACGUUUCUGUGCUUUUAUGCGGGGACUUUAACAUCGAUCCCGACAGAACUCCACGGCAGUAUCGUCGGCUGACGACGUUAGAUGGAGACGCUGUCUUUCGAGAUCUUUUCCUCCCAGAAAAUAAUCCAAAUUAUCCUCACCAGUACACAUAUUUCACUCAAGAAACCCUAAUAGAAAUGAAGAAGAAGCACUCAGUUUCACGGAAGGGCAACUCCCUGUAUCCUUGGCCAUUCAGAGGCAGAGUCGACUACAUGUUUGCCGUCGAUGAAGUGCGACUGUCAGCGAAGGAGGUUAUAAGUCUCGUUCGAAAAUUCCCUCCAGAGGCUGUUGUCGGCGACGAUUAUGAGGAGAUGGAUAUCCCAGUUCUCAAAGAUGGCUCCUUGACCAUAUCAUUCGAACGCAUCUACUGUUUGGGGAUGGAUAUUGUCGCACAGAAGCAGGGCUCAGAGUUAUCGGACCAUUGGCCACUGAGCGCGCGUAUCACAGUUGGUGCUCCAACAAUUGAAGUAGAGCAGCUUCCAAGGCCGCGAAAGUGGCAACUGCUUCGAGGCGAUUCUUUUUGUUUUGACAGCUCAUAUGUAGGGGCAAGCACGGAGGGCGAGUCGGCUAACUUAGCAGAUCACAGCACGACAGCCGAAAACCGGUGGCGACGGCGCCAUGUAACGUCACUGAGAGACGAGCAUAUGAGUCCAGUGGAGAGAGCACACCAUGUCCAGAAAGUCGGUUAUAAGGAACGUUUUUCUAUCGGGACACAAAACAAGCAUCGUGCGCGGCAGCAGCGUUUAAGAACUGAACGAACACGGGGCUCGACAACGACAACUGCAAGAAUAACGACGAUACCAGACGAAGUCGUAGAAUCAGAUGAUGAGGAAAAACGUAGGUGGGGAGGCGCGGAGUUGGCCUUUUUCGAGGCCGAUGUGCCAACCUCUUCGGCAGUCACCACGGACGGUGGCGUGCUUCUAACAGCGCCUGCCACAGCAUCCGAGCGUGGUGAUCAGUCCAGCGGAAGUCUUUAUGCCCAAUACGAGGUCGAAUCCGAGCCUGAUGAGCCUUAUUCAUGA